UUUUAACUUUCACUUUCGUCCUGUUUAGGAUAAUUUUUCUCACUCUCUCUCGCUUCUGGAACGAUGAACCUCUUUCGCCCUUCCCCCUCACUGUCGGCUAAUCUCAGCGUUGUUGUACUAUAGGCAAAAUUAUCGGGAAUUUCGUGACUGCGCUCACAAACUGCCUCUUUUUUUUUUUAUGGCGUGGAAGGAUGUGCUGCCAUCUCUCUUUCCGUUUGGAAGAUUCUUGGCGUUGUUGAAGGUAAGCAUGGGGCAAGUUGAUCCUGCGGCUCACACUAUCAAAUCUCAUGGAGCUUCACUUGCAAGAAAUCACUUGCAAGACUGGCUUAUAUUGCUUUUUCUUUUGGUGUUAGAGGUCAUUCUGUAUGCGAUUCAUCCAUUUUAUCGCUUUGUUGGAAGGGACAUGAUGGAAGACCUUAAAUAUCCAAUGAAAGACAACACAGUGCCAGUGUGGGCUGUUCCUCUCUAUGCAGUUUUGUUGCCCAUUGCUGUUUUCCUUUUCUUCUAUAUGCGUAGGAGAGAUGUUUAUGAUUUGCACCACAGUAUUUUAGCAGGUCUCCUAUAUGCGGUGCUGGUCACUGCAGUCAUGACUGAUGCAAUAAAAGAUGCAGUUGGCCGACCUAGACCUGACUUCUUUUGGCGUUGCUUUCCUGAUGGAAUAGAGGUUUACAAUAAAUGGGGAGGUGUGGUAUGUCAUGGCAAAGCUGGUGAUAUAAAAGAAGGACACAAGAGUUUCCCAAGCGGCCAUACAUCUUGGUCGUUUGCAGGCUUAGGUUUUCUUUCUUUGUACCUAUCUGGGAAGAUUAAAGCAUUUGAUCGGAGAGGCCAUGUGGCAAAGCUGUGCAUUGUUUUUCUUCCUCUACUUGCUGCUUCUCUAGUUGGCGUGUCUCGGGUAGAUGACUAUUGGCACCAUUGGCAGGAUGUGUUUGCUGGAGGUCUUCUAGGGCUUGUUGUGGCGACCUUCUGCUAUCGGCAGUUCUUUCCACCCCCUUAUAAUGACGAUGGGUGGGGAACAUAUGCAUAUUUCCAAGCAGUGGAGGAGGAAUCGCGAGCUAAUGCGAACAGGAAUAACCAGAAUACUGCAGUAGGUGAGCAGGACAUGGAGGCUGGGGCUGUGAAUCCAGGAGCACGGCGAAAUCGUACUGAUGCCUUCACUCAUUUCCCUUUGCACUGCGAUGACAUUCAUAGCCCUACAUUGGAGGCCAUGGAGCUUGAACGCAAGUGACCGGUCUCAUGUACAGCUUUAGGUGCUUUUCCUUCAUGUCCUCCUUAGGCUGUGAUUGCUUUUUCUGUAUUCAUGUAUAUGUGAUCUUCCACGCAGCCAAUUGUAGUUAUAAUUUUAGCUGCCAAAUGGCAUGUAGCAUUGUAGCUAGCCUGUGUGUUGCACAAGAUUGAGAAAUUAAGUUGUUCUUGGAAAAUAUUUCAUAUCAUAAUUUUGGAUGUGUUUGGGGGAUGUUCUAUUAUCUCUAACGUAUAAUAAAUCAUUUAUGGUGCGUUUAGUUAA